AUGAGACCACUGGCCCGACAGUCUGCUGGCCGACUCGUCGACGACGCUCAAAGCAUCAGCAGCUUCAGCAGCAACGGUAGCGGUAGCAGCAGUAGCGGUCUUGGUCCACCUGUCAGCUCUUCCGAAACGUCACCCUCACGUCUCUACGACCCAUCGUCUUCCCAUCGGCGCUCCCCAUCUUCCUCGAAUAUGGCCCUCACAGCUACUAAAACGUCUCCACAGCUACGACUUCCCAGCUUUGCUGAGCUCAGCGAAAGGCUUAGCUAUCCAAGCCAGCAGGCGACUGCGAGCGUGCGACAGGAGCAAGCCAAUCCCCAUGAGCAUGGCCACUCUCCAAAAGGUACAAUGCCGGCACGGGUACCAGACCCACUGUAUCAGGACAGCUCGCCAUCUCGACGCCAGACGGUUUCUUCGAGGCCGACGACGACGCAUUCGUACGAUGAGAAUUACCACCGUCGAGCAAGCGACGUUCAUCGACCUCCGCCGCCAAGGUACGAUGUCGUCGAAGCUGUCAAGUCCUUUGGACCUUCGUCGUAUCCGACGCCUCCUCGCCAGUCUCCAGAGCCGCGAAGGCCAAGUGCAACUGGACUGACGGCUUCGUGGCUACCAGUUGAUGACCCCGGUCGCUCCUCGCUGCGAUCAGGUCGGGUCAUCGGCGGUGCUGGUGGUCCCCUGCAAGCUCGUCGAGCUACGCUGUCUGGAACCGAAGGGACACCUCCGCAGCACGGCAACUACAGCUGGUACCCUCAACAGCCUUCGCCUGGAUGGGAAUCAGCUGGUCCUGGGCCUGGACCUGGACCUGGACCUGGACCAAUCACCUCGGCGUCAUCGUCGUCUGCUCGAUACCACCCCUUUGCGCGAGAUGGUUCCGUAUCACCUGACUAUCCUCGCUCUGCUGGUCCUCAUCACGAUUACUUCAACGGCGCCGUGGCGUCCAACGUGACCUCGUCGACGACGUCGUCCCCUGCUUCAUCGAUGUCCCGUCGCCGUGGUAAGCUACCCAAGGACGUCACGGAGCUGCUUCGCUCCUGGCUCAUGGAGCACGCCAACCAUCCCUAUCCAAAUGAGGACGAGAAGCGACGCCUUUGUAGUCUGACUGGUCUGUCCAUCAGUCAAGUGUCCAAUUGGUUCAUCAAUGCACGACGACGUAUCCUGGUUCCGCAGCUACAGACGGCCGCUGCUGAGCAGCAAGCACGUGCCGUCGCUCAUCACCAUCAGCAGCAGCAGCAGCAGCACCACUACCACCACCACCACGCAGCCCCAUCGUCACAUCAUAAUGCAGGCCACUACCAUCAGCUCUCGGUCGGCACUUCGCCGGGCGCGACUACGCCGAUCAAUGGCGCCCCUGGCAUGGUGACUACGCCUGGCUCACACGGCAGUCACAGUGGCAGCAUCGACCAUGACGACUACUUCCCGCCGCAUCGCGCCUACCAGCGCCAAGCGCCGCCGCCACCUGCAUCGUCGUCGCGGGGACCACCAGCGCAUUAUCAGCAGCAACCGCCUGCGCCCCACCACCAGUACUAUCAGCACCCAGACUAUUCCACCGGUCGACGUUAG